CGGCGACAGCAGCGGCGGUGGCGGCGAGGAGGAGGAGGAGGAGGAGGAGAAGAAGGCGGCUGGAGGCCGCCGCGUCGUCAGGGCGAGGAGCCCGCUGGGCCGGCGGGGCCGCGCUAGGAGAGGCGCUGGGCCGGCGACGAGCGCCCGCCGGGCGCUGAGGGGAGCGGCGGCUGUUGCUGCCCGGGCGGGCGGGGGGCAACCUCCCCCCGCCCCCCUGUCAGCGGCGCAGGGACCCACAGCGGCAGCCCCGGCCGGAGCGUGAGGCGGGGGCUGCCGGCGCGGCGGCCGCGGAGCAGCCGCCCCCGCUAAGGGGGAAGGAGGCGUGGGGGGGGGAAGGAGGAGAAGCCGCCCCCGCUCCAUGAGCAGCGCCCGCCCGCCUCCCUCUGCCCAGGCGAUCCGCGGCCGGCUGCCGCCGCAGCAGCAUGUGGAGUCCGACCGAGGAGGAGAAAUACGGCGUGGUGAUAUGCAGCUUCCGAGGAACUGUACCGCAAGGCUUGGUCCUGGAACUAGGUGAAACUGUCCAGAUCCUAGAAAAAUGUGAAGGCUGGUACAGAGGUGUUUCCAUUAAGAAGCCCAAUGUAAAGGGGAUUUUUCCUGCAAACUAUAUUCACUUGAAAAAGGCAAUUGUCAGUAACAGAGGGCAAUAUGAAACAGUUGUUCCCCUUGAAGAUUCUGUUGUGACCGAAGUCACAGCAACACUGCAGGAAUGGGCUGUACUCUGGAAACAGCUGUAUGUGAAACAUAAGGUAGAUCUUUUCUACAAACUGCGGCAUGUGAUGAAUGAGCUCAUUGACCUGCGCAGGCAGCUGCUGUCAGGUCACUUGACGCAGGAUCAGGUGCGGGAGGUCAAGAGACACCUCACAGUGAGGCUGGACUGGGGCAAUGAACAUUUGGGCCUAGAUUUAGUUCCUCGGAAGGACUUUGAGGUUGUGGAUUCAGAUCAGAUCAGUGUUUCCGAUCUUUAUAAAAUGCAUUUGUCAAGUAGACACAGUGUCCAGCAGAGCACAUCACAGGUGGAUACAAUUCGUCAGCGUCAUGGGGAAGCUUGCCGUAUGCCAGUGCCUCAUCACUUCUUCCUCAGUCUAAAGAGCUUCACCUACAAUACGAUUGGAGAAGACACAGAUGUCUUUUUUUCAUUGUAUGAUGUUCGAGAAGGCAAGCAGAUCAGUGAGAGGUUUAUGGUGAGGUUAAACAAGAACGGAGGCCCCAGGAAUCCAGAGAAGAUAGAUCGAAUGUGUGCACUUUUCACAGAUCUCAGCAGCAAGGACAUGAAGAGAGAUUUGUACAUAGUUGCCCAUGUAAUUCGAAUAGGUCGCAUGUUGCUAAAUGAUUCAAAAAAAGGCCCCCCUCAUUUACACUAUCGCCGCCCCUAUGGCUGUGCAGUAUUGAGCAUCAUGGAUGUACUUCAGUCAAUCUCUGAAAUAAAAGAAGAGAAGGAUUUUGUUCUCAAAGUUUACACGUGUAACAACGAAAAUGAAUGGUGCCAGAUCCAUGAAAAUAUUAUUCGCAAGUCCAGCACCAAAUACACAGCACCCAGCUCAAACUAUGGACUUAUAAUAUCUCUUCAGCUUCUUCGUGGCGACAUGGAGCAGAUUCGAAGGGAAAACCCCAUGAUCUUUAACAGAGGAGUUUCUGUUACCAGGAAGCUGGGUUUUCCUGAUGUUAUCAUGCCAGGUGAUAUACGCAAUGACUUGUACCUGACGUUAGAAAAGGGAGACUUUGAAAGAGGUGGGAAAAGCGUGCAGAAGAACAUUGAAGUGACCAUGUAUGUGCUCUAUGCGGAUGGAGAAAUCUUGAAGGACUGCAUCAGCCUGGGCUCAGGAGAGCCAAGCAGGAGCGCGUACCACUCUUUUGUCCUUUACCACAAUAACAGCCCUCGAUGGGGGGAAAUCAUCAAGUUGCCCAUCCCUAUAGACAGGUUCCGUGGGUCUCAUCUCCGCUUUGAGUUCAGACAUUGCUCCACAAAAGACAAGGGAGAAAAGAAGCUCUUUGGUUUUGCAUUCACUCCAUUGAUGAGAGAUGAUGGCACCACCUUGUCGGAUGAUAUCCAUGAGCUUUAUGUUUAUAAGUGCGAUGAGAACAGCACGUUUAACAAUCACGCGCUGUACCUGGGGCUGCCGUGCUGCAAAGAGGACUACAACGGCUGCCCCAACAUCCCCUCCAGCCUCAUCUUCCAGCGCAGCACCAAAGAGACCUUCUCUGUCUCCACACAGCUUUCUUCUACCAAACUGACCCAGAAUGUGGACUUGCUUGCCCUGCUGAAAUGGAAAGCUUACCCAGAUCGUGUGAUGGAUAUUUUAGGAAGACUGAGACAUGUCAGUGGCGAGGAAAUUGUUAAGUUCCUACAAGAUAUUCUCGACACGUUGUUUGUAGUUUUGGAUGACAACACUGAAAAGUAUGGUCUGUUGGUCUUUCAGUCUUUGGUAUUCAUCAUAAAUCUGCUGCGUGACAGCAAGUAUUUCCACUUUCGACCUGUGAUGGACACUUACAUUCAGAAGCACUUUGCAGGGGCACUGGCUUACAAAGAGCUGAUCCGAUGUUUGAAGUGGUACAUGGACCGUUCGGCUGAGCUUGUACGCCAGGACCACAUCCAGGAAGCCAUGAGAGCCUUGGAAUAUCUUUUCAAGUUCAUUGUCCAAUCUCGGAUCCUUUACUCCAGAGCUACUUGUGGAAUGGAGGAGGAACAGUUCCGCUCCAGCAUCCAGGAGCUUUUCCAGUCCAUCAGAUUUGUGCUCAGCUUGGACAGCAGGAGCUCUGAGACUCUCAUCUUCACGCAGGCUGCUCUGCUGAACUCCUUCCCCGCUAUCUUUGACGAGCUGCUGCAGAUGUUCACCGUGCAGGAAGUGGCGGAGUUCGUGAGGGGCACCCUGGGCAGCAUGCCCAGCACCGUGCACAUCGGGCAGUCCAUGGAUGUGGUGAAGCUCCAGUCGAUUGCUCGCACUGUUGACAGCCGCCUCUUCUCCUUCUCGGAGUCCCGGCGCAUCCUGCUCCCUGUAGUUCUUCACCACAUUCACCUUCACCUACGACAGCAGAAGGAGCUACUUAUCUGCUCUGGGAUCCUCAGUAGUAUCUUCUCCAUAAUCAAGACCAGCUCUUUGGAGGGAGAUGUCGUGGAGGAGGUUGAGAUGAUGGUGGAGAGCCUCCUGGAUGUGCUUUUACAAACUCUGCUUACAAUCAUGAGUAAAUCGCAGUCUCAGGAGGCGGUAAGAGGGCAGCGAUGCCCGCAGUGCACAGCAGAAAUCACCGGAGAAUAUGUCUCCUGCCUUUUAUCUUUGCUUCGUCAGAUGUCAGACACUCAUUUCCAGCACUUACUGGACAACUUCCAAAGCAAGGAUGAACUAAAGGAGUUCCUCCUGAAGAUUUUCUGUGUAUUUCGGAACCUGAUGAAAAUGAGUGUCUUUCCUCGAGACUGGAUGGUGAUGAGGUUGCUCACCAGCAAUAUCAUAGUUACAACAGUUCAGUACCUGUCGUCUGCACUGCAUAAGAAUUUCACGGAAACGGACUUUGAUUUUAAAGUGUGGAACUCGUAUUUCAGCCUGGCAGUUCUGUUUAUAAACCAGCCAAGUCUCCAACUAGAAAAUGCCACACCAGCUAAGAGGAAGAAGAUUCUGGAUAAAUAUGGCGAUAUGAGGGUGAUGAUGGCAUAUGAGCUCUUCAGCAUGUGGCAGAACCUGGGUGAGCAUAAGAUUCACUUUAUUCCGGGAAUGAUUGGCCCCUUUCUUGGUGUUACACUUGUUCCACAACCAGAAGUCCGGAAUAUCAUGAUCCCCAUCUUCCAUGACAUGAUGGACUGGGAGCAGAGAAAGAACGGCAACUUCAAACAGGUGGAAGCUGAGUUGAUUGAUAAGCUGGACAGCCUGGUAUCCGAAGGAAAAGGUGAUGAGAACUACAGGGAACUCUUCAGCCUGCUAACCCAGCUCUUUGGGCCUUAUCCCAGUUUGCUGGAGAAGAUUGAGCAGGAAACAUGGCGGGAGACUGGAAUCUCUUUUGUUACAUCAGUUACUCGACUCAUGGAGCGUCUACUUGACUAUAGGGACUGUAUGAAAGGAGAUGAAACAGAAAAUAAGAAAAUUGGCUGCACCGUUAACCUUAUGAAUUUCUAUAAAUCCGAAAUUAACAAGGAAGAGAUGUACAUCCGCUAUAUCCACAAGCUGUGUGACAUGCACUUACAGGCUGAGAACUAUACAGAGGCUGCAUUUACUUUGCUUUUGUACUGUGAGUUGCUUCAGUGGGAGGACAGACCUCUGAGAGAGUUCCUGCAUUAUCCUUCUCAGUCAGAGUGGCAACGUAAGGAAGGUCUGUGCCGUAAGAUUAUCCAUUACUUCAACAAAGGGAAGAGCUGGGAGUUUGGAAUCCCGCUGUGCAGAGAACUGGCCAUACAGUACGAAAGUCUCUAUGAUUAUCAGAGCCUCAGCUGGAUUCGGAAAAUGGAAGCUACCUAUUACGAUAAUAUCAUGGAACAGCAGCGCUUAGAACCGGAGUUUUUCAGAGUUGGUUUUUAUGGUCGGAAAUUCCCAUUUUUCCUGCGGAACAAAGAAUAUGUAUGUCGGGGCCAUGACUAUGAGAGGCUGGAAGCCUUCCAGCAGAGGAUGCUGAGUGAGUUCCCACAAGCCAUUGCAAUGCAGCAUCCAAACCACCCAGAUGACUCUAUAUUGCAGUGUGAUGCCCAGUAUUUGCAGAUCUAUGCAGUGACUCCCAUCCCAGACAAUGUAGAUGUGCUGCAAAUGGACCGCGUCCCUGAUCGCAUAAAGAGCUUCUACCGAGUCAACAACAUCCGGAAAUUCCGCUAUGACAGGCCUUUCCACAAGGGACCAAAGGACAAGGAGAAUGAAUUUAAGAGCUUGUGGAUUGAACGUACCACUCUGACCUUGACUCACAGUUUGCCUGGAAUCUCUCGUUGGUUUGAAGUGGAGAGAAGAGAACUGGUUGAAGUCAGUCCUUUGGAAAAUGCCAUUCAAGUGGUUGAGAACAAAAACCAGGAGCUGAGAACACUGAUAAGCCAGUACCAGCAUAAACAAAUGCAUGGUAACAUUAAUCUUCUCAGCAUGUGUCUGAAUGGAGUGAUUGAUGCAGCUGUUAAUGGGGGAAUUGCACGAUACCAGGAGGCCUUUUUUGAUAAAGAUUAUAUCACAAAGCACCCUGGAGAUGCAGAGAAGAUCACACAGCUCAAGGAACUCAUGCAGGAACAGGUACAUGUCUUAGGAGUGGGUCUGGCAGUCCAUGAGAAAUUUGUACACCCAGAAAUGCGUCCCCUGCAUAAGAAACUGAUAGACCAGUUCCAGAUGAUGCGAUCCAGUCUGUACCACGAAUUACCUGGUUUGGAUAAGCUGAGUCCAGCCUGUUCCGGCACUAGUACACCGCGCAGCAAUGUUCUGGUUUCACAUGGACCUAUGAGCCCGGAGAGCAUAAAGCUGGUGCAUCGACACAGCCCACUGAACUUGCUUGGUUCAGUCCGACACUCAUCCUCCUCUCUGUCGUCCCACACCUCCAGCGAAACAGGAAACCUGGUUAUCCUGACGGACAGUUCUGUGGGGGAGACGGCUGAGGACAUGUACCACAUGCAGGUACAGCUCCAGCACAGCCAGGGGCGGCUGUUAGAGACAGCACUGACGUGCUGCAGAGUGAAAGUUGAUACCGUGGUCCAAGAUCACACUAUUGCUUUCAGAAAAGACCAGUAUCGCUGGCUGGAGCGAGGUACUUCACAAACAUUACAUGUGCAGCUCUGCCAAUGCACCUCUAUCCUUUUUUUUUUUUUUCCUUUUUUUGUAUUUAUUUAUAUUCUUUUUAAUUUAGUGCUGGUGAAAGGUGCUGGAUUGACAACACUGGAGGCUGAAGCCCUCUAUUUAUCCACAGAACAGAUACAGCAUGGGCGGCAGCCGUGCAAGCUUCCCCACGCUGCCCCCACCCAUGUGCCUCAUCUCUGUCCUGGAGGGACCACCUCUAGAGGCUCUCCCUCUCUACCAGAUAAGUACCGCCACUCUCGGGAGAUGAUGAUGUUGCUGCCAGCCCAUCGGGACCGACCUAGCAGUGCCAUGUAUCCCACAGCUAUCAUGGAAAAUGGACAGCCUCCAAAUUUCCAGCGCGCCUUUAUCCAGCAAAUGAUUGGACCAUGCAAACCUUGCAGUGAUCCCAACCUGUCUGUGGCUGAGAAAGGACACUACUCACUGCACUUCGAUGCCUUCCAUCACCAGCUCAGUGAUGCUCCUCCGGCACUGCCUGCACGAACGUUGCGCAAGUCCCCUCUUCAUCCUAUCCCUGCAUCACCCACCAGUCCGCAGUCUGGUCUAGAUGGAAGUAAUUCCACUUUAUCUGGCAGUGCCAGCAGUGGUGUCUCCUCCUUGAGUGAGAGCAAUUUUGGACAUUCUUCUGAACCACCUCCUCGCACAGACACCAUGGAUUCUGUCCCCAGCCAGGCCUGGAACACUGAUGAAGACCUAGAGACGCCCUACCUCCCUGUCAGGUACAGUCUCUCUGAGCCUGAUGUCCUAGAGUCGCUCAAAUCCCAGCCAUGCCGAAGCCACUCCGCUCCAUCUGGAGUCAUUCCUCAGGACACCAUGGACCCUCCUGCUCUACCCCCCAAACCUUACCACUCCCGGCUGCCAAACAUGGAGAACGAGGAGGGGAUGAUAAUUGAAGAUGAUGACAAACACCGCCCAUUGCAUCGUAAAGUGUCCCAACCAGUGAGUGGCGGAAAGGAAGAGCAGGCCAGGGUAGCGUGGGAGCACGGCAUCAGUGAGCAGUAGGGACAACUCCUGGUAAGCAGCGUGCAUCGUCAUUCCAGGUCUGACUACAAAGGAGAGAGAUAAGGACUCGGAGAACAGCAAACCGAUUUUCUACUGCCGCAAGUUUAUGUCUGGAGCCCUCAAAAGCAAUUGGGCCAGCAUGGGAGGUUGCUGCUUUCCUUUUUAAUUUCUUUUUACACCUUUCCGUUAUGUUUUUUAACUUUCUGUGCAGUGGACAGUUUAUUCCUUCUGCAGUUUCUUAACCGCAUCAUAUGGCACACAAGCCAUAGAGACGUGCAGAAGCUGAAAAAUACAAUUUUAAGCGGAGGGGGAAAAAGGGAAGAAUGUGGCAAGCUGAUUUUGAAACUGUUCUCCUCCCAGUUCUGAGACGCACAUGAGUAGAAGCAGUUGCACUAGGGACAUAUUUCUUUGCUGUACAGAAGUGAAAGCUCAUUGCUGAAAUCAGGGAUUCUAUGAACUGUCAGGCUGGAAGGUGCAUGAGCUGCAGGCAGUGGAAAGAUUGCAAUUCUAAGAAGAAUUUGGCUCUUUUGAGAGCAGGAUUGUACAUAUCUGUGCAGUGAUCUCCCUGCAUUGGUUCAUAGGUGCUGAGGCAAUCUAACCAGUGCUGAUGCACUGAUUUCCAAGAUAUCAUUUCCAACAAACUCUGCCUCCUUUCUUUUUUAUGUACUGUUUGAUUUCUUAAAUUUUGCUUUCACUGCCUAAACCAACCUGCUUUCUCAUUGGAAUCAUAUGCUAUCCAUCUGUGCUACAGGAUGAGAGGAGGUUAGUAGCCAUUGGAGCUGCAACCUAAUGUAGGCCUUUCCCAUGCCCAACUUUGGGCAGGCUGUUGACACCAGCAUUUCUAUUCCAGUUAAAAAAAAAAAAAUAGAAACAACCAAAUUGAGUUUCUCAUGCCACAGCUGGUUGAUGACCCAGCCAGUAAAGAAAAGGUGGCUUAAAUGCAUCAUAUCCAACAAUCCUUGCCUCAGGGCUGAACAUCACAAUUCUCACGAACUUUCAUCACCCAAGAGCUGAGAUUCAUUCCCCGUUAACAUAAUGUCCUCAGUUCCUCCUAAAAACUCACUGCAGCUGGUGUGCAGAAAGAAUCUCCAUCUCUCACAGUAGACAGAAAAUACUAAGAUUCAAGAAAUGCCCAGUAUAUAGUGUACACCCUAGAGUCAGGGAUCUUAAAGGCAACCUGUAAAGAGGAAAUGUUUGUUUCCUCUUUUGCUUCUUUAGAAUGUAUAAAGAAGCUUUAAGAGCUGCUGCUUAUCUCUUCUGGAAGGUUGAUUUCUUUUCUCCUCAGGCAGCAAUACAGCCUUCCCCCCUCACCUGGCUUUUUUUUUUUUAUUUAUCAGCUCCAGAAAGGGCUGAAGAACAUUUUAAAAACAAAAAAAAAUUAAAAAAAAAAAUCACACAGACCAAACCCAAGAAACAGAACUGCGCAGAGGUGAAAGCAGUACAAGUCUAGGAACACAAAACAAGCCUUUUAAUCAGUAUUUGCUUAGUUGAGUACAACACAAACCAGGAGAAAAUUCUGUGGGUAGUGGAGCCAAGAUCUCUUCUUUGAAAAGAACAAUAAGAAGUCUUUUACUCCUAUUUUCAAUAUUUUUCAAGAAACUUUCAAUCAACAUGCUAUCAAAUAUUUAAUGUUUUUAGAUACGUGUGCAAUGUUCCUUCCUCCUAUCAUGCCCCACACAGGUUUUAUCCUUCCUUAUAACCCUUCCCACCUGCAGAUUGCAAAGCACACUCCAGAGGAUGGUAACAGACCACCUUCUUUCUCACCACUGAAAAAUGUGAAGCACAUUCAAAUAAGAGAGUUACCUCCACAUAUAAAUGAAUGUCAGAAACAGGUAUAGCACUCAACUUUGCCCUAACCACUCCAUUUCUCAUGCUACAAACAGUAUAAAGAAGCAAAAAAGGAUAUUACAAAUCUUUUACAGGUCACCUUUAGCACUACCUCUAAAUACAGUGACUGGGCAGAGUACACUGCUUCUGAACUCUCCUAAAGUUGGUCUGUCUGGACUCAGCAGUUGUAUGAAGGGGAUUUUAAGAGGAUUUGUUUAUUUUCUUUCUCAAGCUCUAGCCCAUGCAAAACUACUAAGUUAUGGAUUUGUUUCUUAAAUGGCCUAUUUGGCUGGAACAAAGUCUCUCUUGCUUCCUCUAUUUUGUUACUAACACAGGCUGCUUGUAAUCAUUAUAUCCUUCACAGUUAAGACAAUGAUAAUAAAACCUGGCCUAUAGCAGACAUUUCAUCUCUAGCAGGAAGGAGAGUUUUCCAGUGCUAGGACAGUCCUAAAUAUUAAUGAACCAAGAUACAUCUCUGGUAUAGAACACAUGUAUGAAAACUCAAAAUUAUGUUUUCAGUAAAGCUAAGUCAAAGUAAUUCUUUAAAAAUGAGUGAAAUAUUUUCACAUACAUACACUAUUCUCCAAUCUGACUGAGAUUCUUCAAGUGAAAUUUUUAAAAGAACUAAGCAUUCAAUUCCAUCUCCCCUGCCUUUUU